AUGGAGAGGAGCAGGCCAAAGAGGGAGAGGAGCAGGUCAGAGAGAGAGGAGCAGGUCAAAGGGAGAGAGGAGCAGGUCAAGGAGGGAGAGGAGCAGGUCAGAGAGGGAGAGGAGCAGGUCAGAGAGGGAGAGGAGCAGGUCAAAGAGAGAGAGGAGCAGGUCAAAGGGAGAGAGGAGCAGGUCAAGGAGGGAGAGGAGCAGGUCAAAGAGGGAGAGGAGCAGGUCAAAGAGAGAGAGGAGCAGGUCAAGGAGGGAGAGGAGCAGGUCAAAGAGAGAGAGAGGAGCAGGUCAAAGGGAGAGAGGAGCAGGUCAAGGAGGGAGAGGAGCAGGUCAAACAGAGAGAGAAGCAGGUCACGGAGCGAGAGGAGCAGGUCAAAGAGGGAGAGGAGCAGGUCAAACAGAGAGGAUAAGCAGGUCAAAGAGGGAGAGGAGCAGGUCAAAGAGGGAGAGGAGCAUGUCAAAGAGGGAGAGGAGCAGGUCAAAGAGGGAGAGGAGCAGGUCAAAGAGGGAGAGGAGCAGGUCAAAGAGGGAGAGGAGCAGGUCAAAGAGGGAGAGGAGCAGGUCAAAGAGGGAGAGAAGCAGGUCAGAGAGGGAGAGGAGCAGGUCAGAGAGGGAGAGGAGCAGGUCAAAGAGAGAGAGGAGCAGGUCAAAGGGAGAGAGGAGCAGGUCAAGGAGGGAGAGGAGCAGGUCAAAGAGAGAGAGAGGAGCAGGUCAAAGAGGGAGAGGGAGCAGGUCAAGGAGGGAGAGGAGCAGAGAGAGAAGCAGGUCACGGAGCGAGAGGAGCAGGUCAAAGAGGGAGAGGAGCAGGUCAAACAGAGAGAUAAGCAGGUCAAAGAGGGAGAGGAGCAGGUCAAAGAGGGAGAGGAGCAUGUCAAAGAGGGAGAGGAGCAGGUCAAAGAGGAAGAGGAGCAGGUCAAAGAGGGGAGGAGCAGGUCAAAGAGGGAGAGGAGCAGGUCAAAGAGGGAGAGGAGCAGGUCAAAGAGGGAGAGAAGCAGGUCAAAGAGGAAGAGGAGCAGGUCCAAAGAGGGGGAGGAGCAGGUCAAAGAGGGAGAGGAGCAGGUCAAAGAGGGAGAGGAGCAGGUCAAACAGAGAGAGAAGCAGGUCAAAGAGGGAGAGGAGCAGGUCAAGGAGGAAGAGGAGCAGGUCAAAGAGGGAGAGGAGGAGGUCAAAGAGGGGGAGGAGCAGGUCAAACAGAGAGAUAAGCAGGUCAAAGAGGGAGAGGAGCAGGUCAAAGAGGGAGAGGAGCAGGUCAAGGAGGGAGAGGAGCAGGUCAAAGAGGGAGAGGAGCAUGUCAAACAGAGAGAGAAGCAGGUCAAAGAGGGAGAGGAGCAUGUCAAAGAGGGAGAGGAGCAGGUCAAAGAGGAAGAGGAGCAGGUCAAAGAGGGGGAGGAGCAGGUCAAAGAGGGAGAGGAGCAGGUCAAAGAGGGAGAGGAGCAGGUCAAAGAGGGAGAGAAGCAGGUCAAAGAGGAAGAGGAGCAGGUCAAAGAGGGGGAGGAGCAGGUCAAAGAGGGAGAGGAGCAGGUCAAAGAGGGAGAGGAGCAGGUCAAACAGAGAGAGAAGCAGGUCAAAGAGGGAGAGGAGCAGGUCAAGGAGGGAGAGGAGCAGGUCAAAGAGGGAGAGGAGCAGGUCAAAGAGGGAGAGGAGCAGGUCAAAGAGGGAGAGGAGCAGGCCAAGGAGGGAGAGAAGCAGGUCAAAGAGGGAGAGGAGCAGGUCAAAGAGGGAGAGGAGCAGGUCAAAGAGGGAGAGGAGCAGGUCAAAGAGGAAGAGGAGCAGGUCAAAGAGGGAGAGGAGCAGGUCAAAGAGGGACAGGAGCAGGUCAAACAGAGAGAGGAGCAGGUCAAAGAGGGAGAGGAGCAGGUCAAAGAGGGAGAGGAGCAGGUCAAACAGAGAGAGAAGCAGGUCAAAGAGGGAGAGGAGCAUGUCAAAGAGGGAGAGGAGCAGGUCAAAGAGGAAGAGGAGCAGGUCAAAGAGGGGGAGGAGCAGGUCAAAGAGGGAGAGGAGCAGGUCAAAGAGGGAGAGGAGCAGGUCAAACAGAGAGAGAAGCAGGUCAAAGAGGGAGAGGAGCAGGUCAAGGAGGGAGAGGAGCAGGUCAAAGAGGGAGAGAAGCACGUCAAAGAGGGAGAGGAGCAGGUCAAACAGAGAGAGAAGCAGGUCACGGAGGGAGAGGAGCAGGUCACGGAGGGAGAGGAGCAGGUCAAGGAGGGAGAGGAGCAGGUCAAACAGAGAGAGAAGCAGGUCACGGAGGGAGAAGUCAAAGAGGGAGAGGAGCAGGUCACGGAGGGAGAGGAGCAGGUCAAGGAGGGAGAGGAGCAGGCCAAAGAGGGAGAGGAGCAGGUCACGGAGGGAGAGGAGCAGGUCAAGGAGGGAGAGGAGCAGGCCAAAGAGGGACAGGAGCUUGACAAAGAGGGAGAGGAGCAGGUCAAACAGAGAGAGAAGCAGGUCAAAGAGGAAGAGGAGCAGGUCAAGGAGGGAGAGGAGCAGGUCAAGGAGGGAGAGGAGCAGGCCAAAGAGGGAGAGGAGCAGGUCAGAGAGGGAGAGGAGCAGGUCAAAGAGGGAGAGGAGCAGGUCAAACAGAGAGAGAAGCAGGUCAAAGAGGGAGAGGAGCAGGUCAGAGAGGGAGAGGAGCAGGUCAAAGAGGGAGAGGAGCAGGUCAAAGAGGGAGAGGAGCAGGUCAGAGAGGGAGAGGAGCAGGUCAAAGAGGGAGAGGAGCAGGUCAAAGAGGGAGAGGAGCAGGUCAAGGAGGGAGAGGAGCAGGUCAAGGAGGGAGAGGAGCAGGUCAAAGAGGGAGAGGAGCAGGUCAGAGAGGGAGAGGAGCAGGUCAAAGAGGGAGAGGAGCAGGUCACAUUUGACUCUUGA